AUGUCCGGUCUAGACGCUGUCUAUGCCCGCUUCAAAACCGAACAACCAUUUAUUCCAUUAGAAGUUCUCAAGGGGGAUUUAGAACUUGGAUCUAUUGUUUUUGGUUUCUUUAUUGGCUUUCUUUUGUUCACCGUAUGGGCUGGCUAUCGAGAGACUAUACGAGCUCGACGAUUUACAGCAUACGUUUUCAUGAUAUGGCUCGAGAUUGCAGCAAAUAUUACAUUUGCAAAUGUUCUAAGGGCUGCUGUCGGGACCGUCUUGUUAUUGAUAACUGUAUCAUCAGCGUGCAUUUGGAUUCCAGCACAGUUGCAAAUUAACGCAAAAUAUAUCAGGGUGAACAGUUGGUGGGAUCGAGUCGAAAAAAGUUUGUAUUUCUGUCUGGACUUGGCUUUGAACGUCAUUUUUGUCCGGACAGUCAAAAGGCGAUUGGUUGACCGUGGUUUGAGGAAAUACGAUCACAUCUUGCUCUUUAACAUACGCAUCAUCAGCGUCUCUAUUGCAAUGGACGUCCUCCUAAUCAGUAUGACAGCUCUACGAAAUCCAUUCGUUUACACCCAGUUCCACCCCGUCACAUAUAUCAUCAAGCUGAGAAUUGAGAUGGUUAUGUCUCGGCUCAUCGUGAGAGUCGCCCAAUCCACCGGCAUUCAGUUAUAUGACAGAAACACUGAAAUUUCUUCGGGAACAUUCAGCACUAUGCGUACCCAACCUCCUGUGGCGGUCCACGUCGAUACACACGUUUUUACCCAUUCGGAGGCUGGGCCUGAAGUUGAUGAUGUGGACGAGGUGCAACCAAAGCGGAGAAGGAAGUCUCUCAUGUCUACCUCUUCUUUAGGACUUGAUGACAAGCCCGUCAUCGAUGCUGGCUGCGCCAGCACUGUAGUCGAGCUGAAGUGA